AUGGACUUAAUUGAUACCAAAGUAAUUGAGUUGAGUUCAAAAACAGGCAUUCCAGAUGAUUAAUUAAAAAUAUUCAUUUCCUUGAUCUUUUGCACCUUGUUUGGAUUCCUUUUUAAAUUAUCUAUUAGAGGUAAUAAAUUGAAUAGAUAAUAUAGGAAGAUAAACAAGAUUGAUUGCAGGAUCAGUAUUUGGUGUCUUAAUAACUUAUUAUAUUUAUAGAUCUUAAAUUAUAAAUGUACUAUUUUAGACUUUUGUGGUUUAUAUAAUGGUUAAGGUUUUGGGAAAAAAGAGUCCUUGGCCUGUAUUUGUGGAAUCAAUGAUUUUUGUGGCUGUUCAUCAUAUAUACAGAUAAUAUACUGACUAUGGAGGUUGGAAGAUGGAUGUUACAACAAUUUUGAUGAUGGAUACUCCAAAAUGGACUGCUUUUGCUUUUUGUGUAAGUGAUGGAUUGAAAACAUAAUUGAGUAAAGAAUAAGAAAUAAGAAAGAUUGUUAAAUUACCUUCAUUUUUUGAAUAUUUCUCUUUUAUUUUCUUCUUUGCUGGAUGUGUAUUAGGACCAUGUUAUGAUUAUUUUGAUUUUGAUUAAUUCAUUAAUGAAGAUAAAGAAUAUAAAAAUAUUCCAUCAACAAUAAAAGAAACAUUAAGACUAUUAAAAAAUACUUUAAUUUGUAUGGGAAUCUUUUUAUUUGCUGAAAAAUACUUUCCUUUACAUUUUGUUACAACAGAUGAAUUCGGAACAUACAAUGUUUUAUAUCAAACACUUUGGUUUAAUAUUAUGGUAGCAAUUCAAAGAACAAAAUAUUUUGGUGGUUGGCAAUUAGCAGAAAUGAGUAUAGCUUCUUGUGGUAUUACUUAUUAAGGAAAUGGAUAAUUUUAGAAAAUUAAAGCAGUUGAUGUAGAUUGGGAUUUGACAUACAAUAUGAAAGAUAAAGUAGAGAAAUGGAAUAUAUCUAUUUAAACUUGGUUAAGAAGAUAUGUAUAUACACGUAUUUAUACUGAAGAAGAAAUGAAGAAGAGUGCAGGUAAAUAAAACUUUGCUUAUCAAAUGACAUAUGUUGUAUCAUCAUUGUGGCAUGGAUUCUAUAUUGGCUAUUACUUUUCAUUCUUUUAAUGGGCAAUUAUGAACAAUGUCAAUAAAGCAAUCUUUAGAGUUUCAUGUAAUACCAACUAUUUAAAAAUAUUUGAAACCAAUCCCUUAGCCAAGUUUAUUAGAUGGUAUGUCGCCAAUACUUUAUUCAAUGUAUUUGGAAUUACAUUUUUAUUAUUAAGUGUUGAUCCAAUUCUUAAAUUCUAUAGCAAUAUUAGGUAUGUUCCUCACAUUUUAUUGUAUGUUACAUAUGCUUUCUUCUUAAUCACUAAUUUCGGUUAGAAAAGUAAAAAAUAAAAAGAAUGA